CUUGCACAGUAACAUAACCUCGAUGUAGUUGGUUUUACGGUGUGCCUUAUAAACGUAUUUUACAUUUUGGCGAUCAUGACGAAUCAAUCAUUAACGAUAUAUAUAUUGCGCUGAUUAUUGAAGAGCAUCUGCAGGAAGUCUCCCUCGAAAAUCACGAUGUCCAUUCCAUUUUUGCACGUUAGCCGGUCAUUGACGACCGCCGUGAGAUCCAAGCGGCGUGUCGUCGUCACCGGGAUAGGAACUGUGUGUCCCUUGGGAGUCGGGACACGAAACGCUUGGGAGGCUCUUAUCGACUCUAAAUGCGGAAUCGUGCGACUUUCCGAACCAGAUUACGACAAGCUACCGUGCAAAGUAGCUGCAUUGGUGCCGAAAGGAAACUCUUCUCAUGAGCUCAACAUUGAUUCCUACUUUACGAAGAGUGAGCUACGCACAAUGUGCCCUGCCACCGCAUAUGCGUUAAUAGCUUCGGAGGAGGCACUAACGGAUGCAAACUGGAAACCAACCGAUGAAGCUGAUAAACGUGACACUGGAGUCUCGGUAGGAAUCGGCAUGAUAGACCUAGUAGAUGUGUGCAUGACGUACGAAGCUCUGAAAAAGGGAUACAGCAAAAUCAGUCCAUUCUUCGUGCCAAGGAUAUUGCCGAACAUGGCUGCUGGUCAGAUCAGUAUAAAGUACGGUUUCCGCGGACCCAAUCAUUCAGUAUCGACUGCAUGUGCGACAGGCGCGCAUGCUAUUGGUGAUGCAUUCCGCUUUAUUCGUGGUGGUGAAACAAGUGUGAUGGUAUGUGGCGGUGCUGAGGCAUGUAUCAGUCCAUUGGCUAUAGCUGCGUUUUGCCGGCUACGCGCUUUGAGCACGUCGAAGAACGAUAUGCCACGGGAGGCAUCACGGCCCUUCGAUCAUGACCGCGACGGUUUCGUCAUGGGCGAAGGCGCUGCGAUACUGGUUCUGGAGGAGCUAAAUCACGCGCUCGCUCGGAACGCGUCUAUCUACGCGGAGGUGUUGGGCUACGGUCUGUCUGGCGACGCAUCACACAUAACAGCACCUAGCGAGGAUGGCACCGGUGCGCUGCUGGCAAUGGAUCGGACAUUGAAGGACGCCGGCAUCGAGACCUCGGAAGUGACGCACGUAAAUGCGCACGCCACAUCCACGCCGCUGGGUGAUGCGAUCGAGGUGAAGGCGAUCGAGUCACUGAUGGGUGGACACAGCAAAAACGUAACGAUAACGAGCACGAAAGGAGCACAUGGUCAUCUGCUAGGUGCUGCCGGCAACCUGGAAGCCGCCUUCACGAUCUUAGCGAUCAAGGAAGGCAUCAUACCGCCUACGUUGAAUCUGCACAACUUAAAUAUGGAGACAGAUUUGAGAUUCGCACCGCAUACGAAAAUGAAAUGGAACACGACGACACGUCGAACGGCCUUGAAAAACGCGUUCGGCUUCGGUGGAACGAACGCGUGCUUGUGCUUCACACAAUACGUCAACUAAGUCCAAGAGGGAAUGUGUAU